UUUUUCAGCCUGUGUUUUUAUCGGAACACAAAGUAGGUGUUAGAUAAGCAUGGUGGAUUCUUCUCCUGCAAUUCGACGAGGAAGAACAAAUCAUUUGAAUAUUUUCUAUUCACUAGCAGACAAAAAAUGAAGCUUUUUCAUUCAUUAUCCAGAAGGGUUGGUAGGAAAUAGAGAUAACUUUGUUAUAAUGUUUACAGAACGAUUUACAACAAAGUCAAAAUCAGCAUUCGCUACCAGAAGAAUCUGAAGAAACAUGGGAUCAAAACAAUCCAACGUCGGAAGUUCUCUGCUGGUGCCAAGCGUUCAAGAGCUGGCUAAGCAACCCUUAUCCGCCGUUCCCGACAGAUAUCUCCGCCCUGAUAUUGAACGAGAUGUCGUUCCCGAUGGCGGCCCGAUGCUCGAAAUCCCGGUCAUUGAUAUGCAUAGAUUGGUUUCUGAUGAAUCAAUGGAUCAUGAAAUAUACAAGCUUGAUUUUGCUUGUAAAGAAUGGGGAUUUUUCCAGUUAGUCAACCAUGGAGUGAGCUUAACUCUGUUGGACAAAAUAAAGACCCAGAUUCGGGACUUCUUCAACCUUCCAAUGGAAGAGAAGAACAAGUUCUGGCAGUAUCCUGGGCAAGUUGAAGGAUUCGGACAAUCGUUUGUCGUGUUCGAAGAUCAAAAGCUUGAUUGGGGUGACAUCUUCUACAUGAUCACUCUUCCGCUCCAUCUUCGAAAGCCUCACUUGUUCCCCAGGCUCCCUCUUCCUUUGAGAGAUACAAUGGAGCUCUACUCAUCCGAGUUAAACAAUCUAUACAUAGCUAUCCUAGCAAAGAUGGCCGAAGCUCUUAAUAUGAAAACCGAGGAAAUGGAGUUUAUUGGAGAGGGGAGGCAAGCAAUGAGGGUGAACUAUUACCCACCAUGUCAUUUACCGGCACAGGUCAUCGGACUCACCCCUCAUUCCGAUGCCUCGGUUAUAACUAUUUUGCUACAGCUCAAUGAAGUGGAAGGUCUACAGAUAAAGAAAGAUGGGAAGUGGGUUUCUGUUAAACCCCUUCCAAAUGCCUUCAUCGUAAACAUUGGAGACAUUUUCGAGAUUAUAACAAACGGAAGGUACCGUAGCAUUGAACACCGUGCCACAGUGAACUCCGAAAGGGAAAGGCUCUCAUUUGCCACAUUCUGUGGCGUGGGGGACGAUGGUGAAAUAGGCCCUGCACCAAGCUUGAUCUCCGAACAAACACCUGCAAUGUUUAGGAGAGUAAAAGUUGAAGAGUACUACAAAGGGCUAUUUGCUCGUAAACUUCAGGGAAAAUCUUAUCUUGAUUUCAUGAGAAUAGAACAUGAUUAAGGAUGAUAUCUGUUGAUUUUCUACUCAAGUUAUAAUGCAACAGUUGAAGGACAUUGCUCCGAAACAUUAUAAUCAGGUCUUUCGAAUAAACUGCAUAUACAUGUAUGCAUGUAUUUAAAUGGGACAAAGGGUUGCAGAAGCUGAGAUUCAAGCUCGAAACCUGUUUGAUACCAUCUCAUAAAGGUGACUCUAUGAACCAUCUAGGGUAAACCCUAGGGCCGUAGAAUCACUUGUAAUAUUUUAAAA